AUGGAAACCGCGUGCAUGGCGGUGGCUAGACAGGUGUCCAACCGCGGUGUGCUGCGCGAGGAGGCGGGAGGUUCCGCGGACUCGUCGGUCACUGCGCGGACGCCCGUGCCCCCGGUGUCGCCCGGGUCCCUAGAAAGGCUUGUGUCGCCCGCACAGGUCACCGAGUCGCCGGGGAAGAACCUGUGGGAGCAGAUCUGCGAGGAGUAUGAAGCUGAGAUACCUACCCUUCCAGAAGGAUAUAAAGUGAAGGAGGAAGCAGCCGUUACAGUGAGCUCGGUCACACCAUUGGAGGAACUGGUUCCCCAUGGCUUCAACACGGAGCACUACUUCCCUGUGCACUCGUUCCCAGUGGUGCCUCCUGUGCCUUGUCCUCCCAAGAAGACAGAGACGGUGGAGCCCAAGACCUGUUCCCCCAAAGAUUAUCUGGAAAUGUUCAUCUUUCCAGUUCUGCUCCCUGGAAUGGCCAACCUGCUUCACCAAGCAAAGAGAGAAAAAUGUUUUGAGAGGAAGAGAACCAAGUUCAUUGCCUGCGACUUCCUGACUGAGUGGCUGUACAACCAGAAUCCAAAGAGGGCAGGGGAGCCGUUCACGGAAUUCUUCUCCAUUCCGUUUGUAGAGGAAUGGCUCAAGCACCACCCCCGGCCACCAAUCCCCCUGUCCCUGUUACUGACAGAAGAAGAAGCAGCAAUCAUCAUCCAGUCCUUCUGGAGAGCCUAUCUGGUUCGCUGUGACCCUGAGAUUCAGGAGCUGCGGCAGUGGCAGAAGAAGCUUCGUGAGGACAAGCACAUCCGCCAGCGUGUGAAGAUCUUCUGGGCCAAACAAGAGCAGAAAUUGAAAUGUAAAAUGGACGACGAGGAAGUGCCUGCUGCCUCUGGGCCACCUCCUUAACUGACACCAGUCCUCCACACCCAGACUGCACAUUCCCUUAGUGUGGUGGACACAGAACCUUCGGCCCACAGACCGGGUUUGUUGCAGAUGAGCUUAAGCACAGUUUAGGAAAGCGUCCCUUAGCUUCCUGCCUUACCCCGAAUGCUACUUUUCCAUCUGCUUCUCCACUGUGUCAGGAGUACCCUCCUGAGCCACCACCACAGUUGACAUGCCUAGUGAUGAUGUCCUUGUCACCAGUUUUCCCACUUUCGCCAAGGCCCAUAUUUUAAUUUAUCUCAAAUCUCCGUUAGUUCUGUCUUGGUUUUGUCGUUGAAUUACGAGGCAAGGCUUGAGAACUGAGCUGUGUUUCCAGCUCAAGAAGAGACAGUCAUUGCAAAGGACUUCCAUCGUCAAAGCCCCAGAAGUGUUACAGCAGCGUCCUCUUAAUUUAAUGGUCCUCAUGUGUCUGUGGCUGCUGCUCAACAGGAUUCUCUCAUCUGAAAGGCCCCAGACACAGGAAAGCCUCCUUGGUAGUAUAGGACUAUUUGACAAGCUACCACACAUCUUAGGUAAAUAGUAAAGCCUUUAUUUUCUUGUUAAGAACAGCAUUUUGAAAAUAAAACCUAUCUGCUCAUGCUUAACAACCUUUUCAAUCUGUGAUAUUUAUAUGUACAUACUGAUUGUCUUGAAAUUUCCCAAACAAUUUUGUUCAUAAGUAUGCAAGUCAUCCAGGGUGGGGGAAGAGUGAGGGUACAUUAUAAAAUACACAUUAAUACAUUUAAUAAAUAUAUAUUAUCUAUCAAAAACUGAGCCAUAGCUCUUUAUGAAUAAAAAGCACCUGCCAGGGGCUCUCAUCGGCUCAUAUGGUUGCUACAUCCUUGGAUGUGUAAAUGCCAGCGUCCUCUUCUAUUUUUCAAUUUGACAGACUCAAAAGACGACCCCUCUCACCCUGUCUACACUUGUUUGCUGGCCUUGACCUCAUCUUUGUGGGGGCGGGGUGGACACCAACCAGAUCUUGACCUUGGAAACAGCUGACACAUGGGAGCCUGUCUUCUCUGCCAUUGUCCCGCCACCUUGGCAACAGACUCCAGAACACUGUGGGGUUUUCCUUUAGGAGACAGAGGAGCUGUCCUAGUCCCAACAGGGGGUUACCACCCCGGCAUGCUAGGUUGUGCUUACAGCUUGGGGUUAUUCACAGAUGACUUUCUAGACCAUUCCCCACUCUUAUACAGGUGCCAUGGGAGUCUGUCCUUCAGCCUCGUUCUGUCGGAAGCUGGCUGCAGUCUCCACGUGGAGUUGCCUUGUGGUCCUCUUCAGGUGAACUUGAACUCAUCAGAAAAAUAGCGGACGUCUCCCUUCUCCCUUUGCUCCAACCUCCACCCCCGUCUAAGAACAUUCAGCCCACCCUGAACCUUAAAUUAGCCAAGAUAAAACAAAGCCCAGAAGCGCAAUCACCUAUUGGGGUGGGAAAGAUUUAAAAAAAAAAAAAGAAAGCAAAACUGAAAGACCUCGCUGCGUGAGGUUUCCUGUGGCUCAGAACAGCCCUGUGUUGACAGUGCAGAGAUGCGGCUUUCCGCACAG